CAUUUCGUGCUCCGCCUCUCCCCAUACAAAUAUGACGUAAAACUGGUACGUACGUCUGUCACGUGACGUGAUGUAUUAUGAUUCACAUGGCGGCGUUCAUCCGGGUGCAAGUUUUCAGGCAAGCAAAUGUUCAUCUGCAGCAGAGAGUGCCCUGGAGGGACUGCACCUCUACAACUCGUCCAGAACGAACCCCACGUGUCUCCUUUCUUACCAGGGUGCUACAGCUUUUGUGUAAUAGGUUCUACGAUAUUGAGUACUUAGUCAACAGGAGUCAAAGUCUACGAAAUUGGAGCUUGCGUCGCCAAAACUCGUUCUAUGGCUACACUCGGGAGCGUUAUGGAGACAAUGUGGCAGCUGCCUGCUAUAUCUUGAGCCUUGGAGGUGGAAUCAGGUUUUCCGGAGAGAGAGAAUGGUUUUGGGAAAAUCAGCUUGGGAAGUUUAGAGGGGACUUGAGUCAUUUUAGAGAGAUUCCCGUGGAAGAAGUGGAUGCCAAAGGAACUCCUAUCACAUAUGAUGGCUUGAACAACAUAACUAUUCUGUCCUCCCUAAGGACACUGGAUCUCAGUAACUGUCCACAUGUAGAUGACUGGUGUCUAAGUCGAUUGCAUGCAUUAAGUGAGUCCCUUGAAGAGCUGUCCCUUUCUGGAUGUAAGAAGGUCUCCGAUAAAGGCUUGGCUACUUUACAUCAUCUCAAGAAACUGAAAAAGUUGGAAUUAUUCGACCUUUCACAUAUUUCAAAUCCUGGUCUUAUACGUAUUCUUCUAGAAGAAGUGCUGCCAGAAUGUGAAAUUUUAGGGAUCGACUACUCUGAUGUUUUGAAAGGAAAUUCACUGGAGGAGAUAAACAAGCAGCAUUCUUGAUUCUUUGACAUCUCUUUUGUAAAGAAGAUGGAGAAUUACUUGGUAUAAUUUACCUUGAAAAUAUUCCAGGUUAAGCCAAGUGAACUGGUUAUGUGGCGUUGGAAGAAUGAGUAUAUUAUUUAAUUGUGUAAAGGUACUUUGAGAUUUUAACUUCUGUUGUCACUUCUGUGAAUCAUUAACACAUUUGUUAGUGUUUUCAGAUCUUUAUAAAAUGUUUUGGCAAAUUCAAACUUUAAACAGAUUAAGCCUCUCUCUUUGGAACUGGUUAACAUUGCUGCCAGUAUAGACUCUGGAUGAUCACAGCCCUGAAGUAAAGUAAACAUAUCUGAGAAUGUUGUAAUAUUAAGUUGUUUGGUAACUGUGUUCAUUCAUGUAUCUGACCCUUGAGGUAACAGCUGUAGAUGCUGGCAUUUAAGCGUUUCAAACACAGGCUUGUUUAUUUCAGGUAGGUUGACAUUGAUCAAUUGGCCCGUGUACACUUACCCUGUGAUGGGGUGGUGCUCUGCCCAGGUGUUGUCCCUGCCUUGCUACGAUGAUUACUAGCGUAAUCUGUACCCGAUUUUAUUUCUAAAGCUUAAUGGAUCCAGUUAAUCAUGAGACUGUCAUAAUGCCCCCAAGGCUAUGCUAUACAUAUCUUAAGACGUAAGCAAAGACUUGUGUGUCAGACUUAAGGCUAUUCUAAUACCGCUUUUAUUAAUAAGUCAGUUUAAGAGAAGCAUGCAUCUGUGCAAGUGGCAAUAAAAUAACUGUUAAUCAUUGUGUAUAUAUUUUUAAUCUUAAUUAAGGCAUACACCUUUAGUCCAUUGAAAUUACAAGAUAUGAAUAAACAUAAUCAAAUACUUACAUUUUUAAUAUCUUUUAUACUUUUAAAAGUGAAUGGAAAUUUUAAUCUAAUCAAAUGUGUUUUUAUUGAAGCCCAACAGCCACAAUUGGCCAUAGGACUGAGAUAGGGUGAUGUAUGUUAAUUGGUGCAGCCCUGUCUGGCACCUUUUUUAUAAAUGUGGAUUGCAUGAGAGAUAUACAAGUUGGCAACCAAGAUAUCUAAAGCCAAAGUCCGAGGGGAUGACAAGCAUGAAGACUGCUGUUACUGAUCUUAUUUCCUGAAAAUGUCAGGCUCCAUAACUUCUUUCCGGCAUUGCUUCAUAUUUCCAAAGUACCACAAGCUCAUCCCUUUUUCUAAUAGCAAUACUUGGUGACUAACAGAGCUGGAGAUAUGUUAAUGCUGUUACGGUAUGUCGAGUUAAGCCACUGCCUUGGCCUUUUUCUUUCUUUUUUUUUUUCCAUCAUACUGUUGCGAUAUGUAAGACAUUAGACAGAUUAUCCCCUCUUCUGUUUGAGAAGUUCAAAACUAUAGUCUUAUUCCUUAUAGCUGCAUGAUAAGCAUUAUACUUCCAGCUGUUUGCUUUUUGAUUGUUCAGCUGUUGCACAUAUAGAGCCAAUCCUUAGGACUUGAGACACGAUCAAAGUCGUCCAACCGAUUCACAGGCUGGUUGGACUUAGUCUCUGGAGAUGUUUGACAACAUGACUGAUAGUCACAGGAACAUGCUGGGCCUACAUCUGAAUUGGUGAGAUUAUAUAAAUGAAGUCUGAUUGAAAUUCAUUGGAAAAGUCAUGUAAUGGGCCAGGGUCUUCAUAUAUAAUAUGCUGCAUAGGAAACUGCCAUGUGAAAUGUGCACUGAAUAAGGAAUACAUAUUAGUGUUAUGUUGAAAGUUCUAAGAGUCAGACAGUGUUUAAUGAGGACAUUUUGUGAUGAGCCCCAUUAAACAAAAUUGUAAAUAAUUUCAAGAUGUCAAAAUAUUGAGCAAAAUUAAAAAUGGAACAAGAGAAUCUGUGGUUGAGGGUUUCCAGGCGAUUGAGAAUAAAUUACAUUCCAUAAAUUA